UGUAAUAAAUGUAAGAUGUUCUCAAUUCCGAUUUCUAAUGUUUGGUAAACGAGUAUUGUCUUAAUAUUGUCGAAUCAAUGAUUUUUUUUUAGAUUAAACGCGUUUUAACGGUCCUGUAUACUUUGUUGUCGUUAUAAAAUGGUUGUUCAUAAACUCCCCAUAAAACACUUAAGCGAUGAUCAGCAAAUACAACAAAUGGUGACCCAACAGCCUACCAAUUUUCACAGGUCUUCAAAGCCUGUACCUCUUGUUCGACAAGCUCCAGUAUUUGAUUUGGAAGUGAUUACCAGCGACAAUUUUGUCCCAUGGAAAAGUACGUUCAAUAUGCGCCAAGUAACACUUGCUAAUAUAAUCGAUGUUGCUAAUGGUAACGAUAAAGCUACUACAAAAGCUGCCAAGAUGCGUGCAAAGAAUUUAGUAAACGCUGCAAAAUCUUUGGAUCUGCUACGGCAAAAUUUACAGAACUCAAUCAAUAAGGAUAUUGAUAACGUUAUUAAAAAAUACCUGACCUCAUAUUUUGGCUUGGCUAUUGACAAUGUUAAAAAUAAUUUGGGUUCAAAUUGUGUUACUGAAGAUCAUGUGAGAGAAGUAUGUCGAACAAUGUUAGAUGAGGCAAAGUUAAUGUAUUCAAAUCCACCGUUGUCAGGUAGUAAUUCACCAUUUAAUACUGCACAAACUACAGACAUGUUAAUUGAAUCACGGUUUGCAAAACAACAUUCCAAAAACAGAUCUCUACUGAAACGUAAAGAGCCACCUGUUCAAGAGGCUGAAAACAAUCUUUCUCCUAAAAUUGAACAAACAUCAUCUCAAACACCAUUGGUAAAAUUUCAUAGAUUUCAGUCUACUUGGGACCCAGUGAAAAUUCAUUCUCAAACAUUAUUUGUAUUGGCUACUAGAGCUGCAAACAAGAGAGGAGGUCGUAUGGGCAAUAAACAUCCAGAACUAUUUCAAUAUACUAUUGAUAUGGAAGAUCGUGAUUGGCUUAUGAAACAAAAAAUGUUCGUUUUACCACCACCUACAUCUGUAAAUGCAACUUCAAUACUAUUAUUGGAUGAUGUGCAAUCAAUAUUGAGCACUGUGAAUCAGAAAAAUAAUCCUCAUGAACUCAAAGGUUUUGAAUUACCAGAGUUUAUAUUGAACAAAGUAAGAUCCACUAUGAUUCUCAAUAAACCUCCAGAAAUGCAGUCUCAUCAACAAAUUAUUAUCACUGAAAAUGGCGAAAUUGAAGAACAACCUGUGUGCAGUAUAACUUUGAAUGAAAAUACAAAUUCUUCAAUCACUCAAUCUCAUUCAGAAUCUAGUAGUAUCAUCAUCUCAGGAACAUCAACAACACUUGCUGAAGCAUUAAAUAUGCUCGAAUAUGGUGAAAGAUUACCACAGCACAAUGAAAUUCCACAUUCAUCGCCGAACAAUAAUACAGGAUUGGCAACCACACAUUCCACCCUCACUGCGCUUUUAGCUGCUGAAAACAAUUUCAUGCCUAAUAGCAGUCAAGCUAAUAACACACAGUUUGGAAUGUAAUAUUUGUUCUGUUAAAAAAAAUGCAAUUUUUUUUAGACUUUCAACGUUUAUUCUAGUCUUCUCUAGUCUAGUCAUAUGUUUUAAUUAUUAAAUAUUUUCCCUAAUUAUAUAGUUAUAUAAUAAAUUAAUUUUAUUCUAAUCAACUGUACUAUGCAGAAUUGUGUGAAACUGUAUUAUGUUGUGAUUAUUGUUUCUUAUAUUUUUAGAAUAUUUAGAUAUGUUGUCAUUAUUAUUAUUUAUAUUAUGAUCUUAAUUUAUUUCAUGCAAAAUAGUGUUUUAAUUAUAUUAUAUAAUAUGUAAGUCAGAUAUCCUCUUUAGUGACUAAUAUAAUUCUAUAAUAGUGUUAAAAAGUGAUCAAUAGUGUUGUUUUAAUUAAAGCCAUUGAAAAAUAUGAGAAAUAUUAAAUACUUUGAGAAACACUUGUCUUAAAAAUAUUUAGCAAAUACUCAUAAUACCUAUAGAA